GGGCGGUUGGGAAGUCGUUCUUGCUUCUUCUUCCUUCUCUUCAACGUCCCGUUCCUGUGAAAUCGCAUUGAGAGAGAGCUAAGAAAACGCUUAGCUCCAAAUCAAAGAGGAAAAAGGCGAAAACUUACGGUUUUUCAUGCUUCAAUCCUUCGUGGGUUUUGUAAAAUCUGAGAUUCUAGCUCCGUAAUCUCUCGAAGACUGAGGUGAUUUUUGGGUUCUGGUUCAGGAUUUAGCUCCGGUAAUGGAGUUUCUUGGAUUGAGAUAGCUACUGUAGUUACUGGGCAAUCUAUAAGUUCUGGGCUGUGAGGGGGAAAAUGUCGGCGAAGAUCAAAGGAGAGCAUCUUUCUUCUAGAAGCUUCGUCUCGAAGAAAUUGACUUAUCUUCUCUGCUUGGGCUGCUUUUGCGCCGGAAUGUUCUUCACCGAUAGGAUGUGGAAAGUUCCAGAACUCAAAGGCGAGGCUCGGCCUUUGGUUACAGAAGCUGAGAGGUUGAAGUUGAUCUCCGAGGGCUGUGAUCCAAAAACUAAAGAAGUAAUGCGCGACCCCCGAGCUUUGUUUGGGGAAGUUGCCAAGACACAUAACGCUAUACAAACAUUGGAUAAGACCAUAUCGAACUUAGAGAUGGAGUUAGCAGCUGCAAGGGCGGUGCAGGAAACUUUACUAAGCGGAGCUCCCUUAUCAGAUGAUACGGGAAAGAAUCAAUCUCCCGGGAAAAGACGAUACUUAAUGGUUGUAGGGAUUAAUACCGCUUUUAGCAGCCGAAAGAGAAGAGAUUCUGUUCGAGCUACUUGGAUGCCUCAAGGUGAAAAACGAAAGAGGCUAGAAGAAGAGAAGGGAAUUAUCAUCCGGUUUGUCAUCGGUCACAGUGCCACGUCCGGGGGAAUUCUAGAUCGAGCCAUUGAAGCUGAGGACAGGAAGCAUGGAGAUUUUUUGAGAUUGGAUCAUGUUGAAGGAUACCUUGAGCUGUCGGGCAAAACAAAGACGUAUUUUGCUACAGCAGUUUCAAUGUGGGAUGCAGAUUUCUAUGUCAAAGUCGAUGAUGAUGUUCAUGUAAACAUUGCAACUCUCGGGGAAACGCUCAUCAGACACCAGAAAAAACCUCGAGUCUACAUAGGAUGCAUGAAGUCGGGUCCAGUCCUCUCUCAAAAAGGAGUGAGAUAUCACGAACCCGAGUUCUGGAAAUUCGGGGAGUCUGGAAACAAGUAUUUCCGCCACGCUACCGGACAGCUAUACGCAAUUUCAAAAGACUUGGCCUCUUACAUAUCCAUAAAUCAGAAUGUUCUCCACAAGUAUGCCAAUGAAGAUGUAUCAUUGGGGUCGUGGUUUAUCGGCCUCGAUGUUGAGCACAUCGACGAUAGAAGGCUAUGCUGUGGUACUCCUCCCGAUUGUGAAUGGAAGGCGCAGGCCGGGAAUAUAUGCGUGGCAUCAUUCGACUGGAGCUGCAGCGGCAUCUGCAGAUCGGCCGACCGCAUCAAAGAGGUUCACCGACGUUGUGGUGAAGGCGAAAACGCUCUUUGGCGGUCAGCUUUUUGACGGUCUGAAGAUGCAGUUUCCUUCUUUUCUUCUCUUUUGUUUGUUGUUGCAUUGAGAAGGGUAUCUACUUUGUAUCAUAUAUAAAGGUGCAUAGGAGGAUAAAGAAGAUUUACGUAUGCAUGCAUGGGAGGAUACAGCGAUUUGCGUUUGGAUGCGUUGCGGUGUGGAAAACGGCGUUUCCGUUUUGGUAUUGAGGAAACCGCCGGCCGCUGCAGCGAAAACGCAUGCUUCUGUUUUGGUUUGAGUCCUUUCAUGGUGCCUUGUAAGUGAAGCAACUUGUGGAUUCACAAGAAAGCAAUCGCACUGUAUUCCUUUGACA